ACAGACAUUUCGUCUUCCACGAAGAUCGCAGAGUAUGAGUCACAGUGUGCCAGUUACUAUUGUACGCAAAACUACGCUCAUUUCGAGUAUCUUCCAACGAAAUCUUCCGUAGUCGUUGAAACCGUGUUGGUGGGAAAACAACAUUUUCCGUUUCGCUAGCUCUUCGCCACGGCAUUCUAUUUAUACAGAUUACUACUUGCAACGUUGCUCUCGGUCACACGUCAUUUCUGUUACGUAUCGCGUCCAAAGCUCUACAAACAUUCUCGAGCCAUUACGCGGUUAGUAAUCGAGUCCAAUUCAGACAGUUAAGUGCCUCAAGUAACUCAGCUAACAACGAAAAUGGAUUAUGAACCCUACCCAAGUGUCGUUCCCAGCCCGGGAUUUAGGGCGUCUGAAGAUGCAGAAGUUUUGCGAGGAGCUAUGCGCGGGCUCGGCACUGACGAGGAGACUAUCAUUGCACUGUUAACCAGCAGAAGUAACUCGCAACGCCAGGCCAUCAAGGAGUCAUACGAACAGCAAUAUGAAAGAGACCUUAUUGAGGACCUGAAAGGUGAACUGGGCGGUAACUUCGAAGAAGUGAUUGUAGCUUUGAUGUCGCCCCCCGAGGAAUAUCUGUGUAAACAGUUACACAAAGCAAUGGAAGGGAUGGGGACCGAGGAAUCAACCCUUAUCGAAAUUCUUUGCACUAGGUCCAACGAAGACGUCCAGAAACUGGUAUCGUGCUAUGAAUCAAUGUACGACAGACCUUUGGCCGAGCACUUGUGCAGUGAAACUUCUGGGCAUUUCCGUCGAUUACUGACUUUAAUCAUUACUGGGGUGAGAGACCCAGCUGGAUCCGUGGAUCCUGAACAAGCCCGGGAAGAUGCGGCAGCUCUCUACAGCGCUGGAGAAGCCAAGCUGGGUACCGAUGAGGAAGUCUUCAACCGCAUUUUUGCACACUCCAGCUUCGCUCAGCUGCGUCUUGUCUUUGAAGAAUAUAAAGAAUUAACGGGAAUGACAUUGGAGCAAGCCAUUAAGCACGAAAUGGAUGAUUCACUGCACGAUGCAAUGAUAGCAAUUGUGGAGUGUGUUCAAUCGCCGGCUGCAUUCUUUGCGAAAGAACUUAAUAAGGCCAUGGAUGGCGCCGGGACUGAUGAUGCCGCGCUGAUACGAAUUAUUGUUAGUCGAUCGGAGAUUGAUUUGGCUACUAUUAAGGCGGAAUAUGAACGUAUUUAUGAUAAGACCCUGUUCAGUGCAAUUUCGGGCGAAACGUCUGGCGAUUACAAACGUGCAUUGUGUGCAUUGAUUGGAGGUGCCUAAAUCCAUACUGAUGGUAGCACAAAUAUACUCAACAUUCCAAAGUAAACAGAUUUUAUAGACAUAAUUUUACUAUUAUAUUAUAUAUUGUUGUUUCUAUGACAGUUUUACGUAGGAUCUAUGUAAUGGAUUUCUUAAAGCAUUUAUAUAUUUAUUAUAGUAAACGUAAGAAGUUGAUGAAAUUGCUUUCAAAUUAGUAAACGGUUUUAGUAGCAAUGUGCCUAAA